UCGGUCUACACAUCUGAUGAUCGGUCGCAGUCACUCGGUUGAUCAAAUACGCGCAACGGCUUUACCGAAAGAUCAUGAUCUCAAUGGAAAUGUUGCCGAUUCCAGUGCCUACGCACCAGUCGAACAACAGGCCUUACCUAUAGAAGAAGAAGAAGAAGAACGAAUGUUUCCAGACCAGUCACCACAUCACAUGUCCGAAAAGCCACGACCUGUUUCUUGGAGGAGUCUGCCUCGGAAAGACCAACUAUUUAUUCUCACACUGGCUCGAUUAUCCGAACCACUAACACAGACCUCGCUACAGGCCUAUAUGUUUUACCAGCUCCGCUCCUUCGAUCCAGCUGCUCCGGACAGUACCAUAUCAUACCAGGCCGGCAUGCUCCAAGCUGCUUUUACAGGAGCCCAAUUCUGCACAGCCGUGUUCUGGGGUAGAAUGGCCGACUGGGAGCGGAUGGGACGUAAGAGAGUCAUCCUGAUCGGACUCUUAGGCACUGGAGUCGGAGCUCUGGGUUUUGGUUUUAGCAGUAGUUUUGCUGUUGCACUAUUGUGGAGAGCUCUGGGUGGAGCUUAUCCAUUCUGUGCUCGUGAGGUUGACGCAAACGUGGAACUCGAUGCACUCGACGAGGGUGAAUCAGCACUCAACGGCAACAUCGGCGUGAUGAGAACAAUGAUCUCCGAGAUUAUUCGUGACAAGAAAUAUCAAUCGAGAGCCUUUCUUCUACUACCCAUGACUUUCAAUAUCGGUGUAAUCAUAGGACCGAUACUUGGUGGAUUGUUGGCCGACCCUGCAGGGAACUAUCCUGAUUCUUUCGGAUCAAUAGCCUGGUUGAGGAAGUGGCCUUAUGCACUUCCGAACCUCGUCAGCUCUAUGUUUCUAUUCCUCUCAGCAAUGGUCGUGUUGCUUGGGCUCGAAGAGGUAGUCCAUGUGCCAUCAAGAUCAGGCUCCGACUUGUUGCUAACUUGCUCGCAGUCGCAUGAAAUGAUGAGAGACAAGCCAGACCUGGGGCUACGUGUUGGGCGCUGGAUCGCAAGGGUAGUCCUUCGGCUUAACUUUGAUCAGCAGUAUCAGGCGAUAUCUGGUGAUGAGGUGGAUCCUUCGACGAUGGAGAUGCAUUCACCGACCGACGAACCACCCACGCCCAGACUACCCAAGGUCAGGAGGAAGCUACCCUUUUCGCGCAUCUGGACUGCCAAUGUGCUCUUUACGUUUACCGCUCACUUCUUGCUGGCUGGCCAUGUAGGCACCUUCAACAGCCUCUGGUUCGUUUUCUUGUCGACACCAAGAUAUAUUCCCCAUGGUCAGACAAACAAUGGUACAAACCCAAACUCAAGUUUAGGCGUACCUUUGGAUUACAAGCCACAUCCACCCUUUAGCUGGACAGGCGGCCUGGCCCUUCCACCUGCACGAAUUGGUUCUGCGUUGGCCAUCUUGGGCGUCGUCGGUAUAUCCCUACAGUUGUUGCUCUACCCUAGAUUAUCCUUCCGCUUGGGCACAGUGACAUCUUUCCGGUUGUCACUCUGCCUGUUCCCCUUGGCCUACUUCCUGGUACCUUUCCUCUCUCUUGUACCCACUACCUCCACAUCACCUGCAGCAGCCUCUGGGCCGUUGCUCUGGAUCUCUAUUGUCGUUGUGCUCUGUAUCCAAGUCACCGCAAGGACAUUUGCAUUACCUGCGACAGCAAUACUGAUCAACAAUGCCUCACCACAUCCCUCUGUCUUAGGCACGGUACAUGGCCUGGGUCAGAGUGCAAGUUCGGCGGCCCGCACGAUUGGUCCGCUCUUGUUGAGUUAUCUGUACGGUGUUGGACUUCGGCGUGGUGUGGUCGGGCUGUCGUGGUGGUGUAUGGCGUGCUUCGCUGCAGUGGGUGCUGUGGCAGGACUUUUUGUCAAGGAUGGGGAUGGACAUGAGAUCUGGCUAGAAGGAGAGAAAGAGGAAGAAGAACAAAAUGGUGUACCG